AUGCUCUGGGGCCUGAGACCUGGCCAGGCCUCGGCGGCGGCAGCUGUUACAGCUGCGUCAGCCAGAGGCGUGAGUGGGCUGCGCCUACCUCCGUGGGGUCUGGGAUGGCCGGGGACUAUGAAGAGCUUGUUGCGGAGGGCCAUCACCACCAGCGGGGCCAGAAAGCAGCAGGAGAACUCGAAGGGCGGCAAGUACCGCGAGACGGUGUUGCUGCCGAAGACCAGCUUCCCCAUGAAGCUGGUGGGCCGUGAGCAGACAGACAUGGAACUGGAGAUCCAGCAGAAAUGUGGAUUUUCUGAACUUUAUUCAUGGCAAAGAGAAAGAAAUGUAAAGCAAGAAUUCUGUCUUCAUGACGGACCACCAUAUGCUAAUGGUGAGGCCCAUGUUGGUCAUGCUUUAAAUAAGAUCUUGAAAGACAUCAGUAAUCGAUUCCAAAUGAUGAGAGGUUUAAAGGUGCAUUUUGUGCCUGGUUGGGAUUGCCAUGGAUUACCCAUUGAACUAAAAGCACUUUCAGAACUUGGAGAAAAAGCUCAGAAUCUUUCACCAGUGGAAAUUAGAAAGAAAGCCAGAGCAUUUGCAGAAGCAGCUAUUGAAAAACAGAAGUCUGCAUUUAUUCGUUGGGGCAUAAUGGCGGACUGGAAUAAUUGCUACCACACAUUUGAUGGAAAGUAUGAGGCCCAACAGUUUAAAACAUUCUAUCAAAUGUAUGCUAAGGAUAUGAUUUAUAGAGCUUAUAAACCUGUAUUUUGGUCUCCUUCAGCAAGGACUGCAUUAGCUGAAGCUGAACUUGAAUAUAAUCCCAAGCAUAUUAGUCGUUCUGUAUAUGUCAAGUUCCCACUUGUGAAACCUCCUCCUUUGCUGGCCUCUGGGUUAGAUGGUUUAUCGCCUGUCAGUGCAAUAAUCUGGACCACACAGCCGUGGACUAUUCCUGCCAAUCAGGCUGUUUGCUAUAUGCCAGAAUCAAAGUAUUCCAUUGUCAAAUGUGCCAACUCUGGAGAAUUUUAUAUAGUGGGUGCUGAUAAAGUACAAUCUACAGCUACUGCUUUGGAAACAAAAUUUGAGGUUAUUUCAACAUUUUUAGGAGCUGAUUUAGAAAGUGGUUCUUGUGCGCAUCCUACAAUUGCUGACAAAGUCUCUCCGUUCUUACCUGCUAAUCAUGUGACUAUGUCGAAAGGUACAGGCUUGGUUCACACAGCUCCGGCUCAUGGGAUGGAAGAUUACAGUGUGGCUUCCAUACACAAGCUGCCCACGGAUUGUUUGGUGGAUGAAAAUGGGAUUUUCACAGAAGCUGCAGGAAGUGAACUUCAGAACAAGAAUGUACUUGAAGAAGGAGUUGAUAUUGUCAUAAAGAUGCUUGAAUCUACCAAGACUUUGCUAAAGGAGGAGCAACUUACACACAGUUAUCCCUAUGACUGGAGGACAAAGAAACCUGUGAUUAUUCGCCCUAGCAUGCAGUGGUUUAUAAAGAUAGAAAAUAUGUUUGCUACAGCCCAGGAAUCAUUAAAAAAGGUGAAGUUUUUUCCUGCAUCUGCAAUGAAUAGUAUGGUGGACACAAUGGAGAGACGACCAUUUUGGUGUAUCUCAAGGCAAAGGUCUUGGGGUGUUCCAAUUCCUGUGUUCCAUCACAAGACAAAAGAUGAAAUCUUGAUCAACAGCCAAACUAUUGAGCACCUUGUUAAACUAGUGGAAACACAUGGAAGUGAUAUCUGGUGGACUCUUCCUCCUGAGGAGCUUCUGCCCAAAGACAUCUUAUCUAAGCUUGGUGGACCUGAUAAAUUGGAAUAUGUACCAGGUCAGGAUAUCUUGGACAUCUGGUUUGAAAGUGGAACUUCAUGGAAUUAUGUUCUUCAAGGUCCAGAAAAAAGGGCAGAUUUGUAUUUGGAGGGAAAGGACCAGCUUGGAGGUUGGUUUCAUUCUUCCUUAUUAACUAGUGUGGCAACAAGGAAAAAAGCCCCUUUUAAAGCUGUUUUGGUUCAUGGGUUUACUGUGGGUGAAAAAGGAGAAAAGAUGUCUAAAUCUCUUGGAAAUGUGGUUAGUCCAGAUUUUGUCAUCAAUGGAGGUGAAGAUUUAAGCAAAGAUCCUCCCUAUGGUGUAGAUAUUCUUCGAUGGUGGGUAGCUGAAUCGAAUGUCUUCAAUGAAGUGAAAAUUGGGCCACGUAUACUUAAUGCAGCGAGAGAUGAUAUAAACAAGCUUAGGAAUACACUUCGCUUCCUUUUGGGAAAUUUGGCUGAUUUCAAUCCAGAAACAGAUGCCAUCUCCAUUAAGGACAUGUAUAUUAUAGACCAGUACAUGUUACAUUUACUUCAAGAUUUUGGAAACAAGAUUACUGAAGCAUAUAGGCAAUUUGAUUUUGGGAAAGUUGUUCGGCUUCUGCAAGCAUUUUAUCCUAGUCAACUCUCUAACUUUUACUUCAGCAUUGUCAAAGAUAGGCUCUAUUGUGAAAAAGGAGAUGAUCCCAAGAGGCGGUCCUGUCAGACAGCCCUCGCAGAGAUUCUGGAUGUGAUGGUGCGCGCCAUCGCCCCCAUCCUCCCGCAUUUGGCUGAAGAGGUCUAUCAGCACAUCCCCUACGAGAAAGAACCCAAGAGUGUGUUUCGUUCUGGAUGGAUUAGUACAAGUUCUCUUUGGAAGAAACCAGGGUUAGAGGAAGCAGUGGAGGCAGCAUGUGCAAUGAGAGAUGCAUUUCUCGGAAGCAUCCCUGGCCAGAAUUCUAUGGCAUAUGAAGUUAUCGUUGUGUUGGAGCCUGGACUACUCUUUGAAAUUUUUGAGAUGCUCCACCCUGAGAGCGUUUCUGAAACAUCUGAGUUAAAUGAACUAAUGAUGGCUUCACAAACAACUCUGUUGACUCAAGAUCCUAUAAUACCUGCAGAUGCAACUGAACUUACAGGGAACUAUUUGAUCAACUUAGAAGGUGGAGAUAUUCGUGAAGAGACUUCAUAUAAAGUCAUUGUCGUACCAUCUACCAAAGAAAAAUGUCCCCGUUGUUGGAAGUACACAUCCAGUUCUCCAGACCAAACUUGUCCCCGUUGCACUGAAAUUCUUGAAAAUAGCUAAUUCCUGUAAGGAGCGUUUCACUUUGUUACAGUGAGGAGCGUCUUAGCUUUGACAUUUCUAGUAGCUUAUCUGGAUUCAGCGUUGGUGCAGGUGAUGGAAAGAAACAGCAUUUUGAGCACGUGUAUGCUUAGGCUUGAGCCUCUUCUUGUCGUUGCCUAGAUUUUUAAAUUAUUUUUUCCAGCAAAGUGGAAGAUAUGGAUGAAAAUGAAAGUGAAAAUCACGGUAUUUUAAAAUAUUUCACAUAACUAAAAUAAAAUUUUCAUA